AUGGCUAGCGACCACAGCAAAACACUCGACAGCGACACCAUGACCGAGUAUUCACGUCCUGGCCCUCGCCUCGUCGAUCCGCCUGACUAUGACCAGAUUGACAUCGAGACAAUGGAUGAGUUCAAGGAUAGACUAAUUUAUUGGGUCGAACAGAUGAUGUUUGUGAGCGGAGAGACUACCGAGCCCAGCGCUGAGACAACCUGGAUGAUCGAAGAGAUUGUCAGGGAGCAAGUUGUUGAAAUGCUCACUCAAGCCACUGCCCUUGCCAACCGGCGUGGCUCCAAAUCGAUUUCCAUCAUCGACCUCAUCUUCCAAAUUCGCCACGACCGUGCAAAAGUCUCUCGACUGAAGACUUUCCUCUCCUGGAAAGACGUGCGCAAGAAUGUCAAGGACUCCGACGACAAGGGAGGUGGAGAUGCCGGCGAUGUUGGCGACUUUGACGAGGCCGCUGGAGGUGUCAACCCUUCCGCUCCUCAAAAAACUAGUGCCAACAAGAAGGCUCGCUUGGUUUUGCCUUGGGAAGUUCAGUCAUUCUAUGCCGAGCAGGUCCCCGAACGUGAAGAUGAAGAAGACGAGGAGGAAGAAGAGCAGAACGAGGCCACACUCGCGCGACUUGCUUCAGCUGACGAGCGCACCAAGAACAUGACCAAGGAAGAAUACGUCUACUGGUCUGACUGCCGUCAAGCCAGCUUCACCUUCCGCAAGGGAAAGAGAUUCCGAGAGUGGGCUGGAUUUGGCACCGUCAUCGACAGCAAACCCAACGACGACGUUGUUGAUGUCCUCGGUUUCUUGACCUUUGAGGUCGUCCAGACCAUCACCGAGGAAGCACUCAAGGUCAAAGCGAUCGAAGAUCAGGCAAACAAGAAGGCCAGCGGCGGUCGUGGUGAUCAGGAGGCCCUUAAGAAGAGAAAGCGCGCCGGCUGCAGCUUGUUCGAGAUGCCGGAAGAAGGACGCACCCCCGUCGAGCCGAAGCAUGUCAGAGAAGCUUUCCGUCGUCUGCAAGUGGUUCCCAAUAAGUACAAGUUCAUGCGACGCGGCUACGCUGGCAUGAGAACCCCAUUGAGACUGAUCUGA